AUGGGCACCGAGAUGACAGCUUCAGCAGUGUACGAAUACCUGAAGCAGGUGGCCCCCGAUGGCACUGUGAUGGCUGCCUUGCCUGCAGCAUCCGUGCGGAGGUAUAUUGGUUCUCUCGACGAGAAUCACCUGUUCCACGGAAAUGGUGUUCUUAUCUCUGCAAUGGGGUUUCGCUACGAAGGCACAUUUGUGCAUGGUCAAAUGGAUGGGCCCGGCUGCAUCGUGUGGAGCAGUGGCAUUACAUACGAGGGUGAGUUCCAAGGCAACGCACCGACGGGCAAGGGUGUCUUCACUUGGGCCAAUGGCGACCGGUACGUUGGUGAGGUAGAGCACGGUCUACGUCACGGCAGCGGCGAGCUGUCGACGGAGCGUGGUGUGUACACUGGCGCGUGGGUGCACGGCAAGCGCCACGGUAAGGGACGUCAAACGUACACUGGUGACUCGUAUUACGAGGGAGAAUGGGUGGACAACCAGCGACACGGCCUGGGAAAGUUGGUGUAUCCCAACGGCGACGUGUACGACGGCAUGUGGAGGGAGGGCAAACGGCACGGCUUUGGAACGAUGGGGUGGAAGUACGGCAAGGCAUGGUAUGUUGAGGUGUACGAGGGUGAGUGGAGUAAUGGCGUUCCGCACGGACACGGCCGCUCAACUUAUGUCCACUACGUAAACCCCGAGAGUGCCCCGCACGAUGCGAACAGCCCAUCAAUAUUUGUUCCACCCGCCUGCUCUGUUCUCAAUGUCUAUGAAGGCAAUUACGUGGAUGGGAAGCGCCAUGGCUCUGGUGUAUUCUUCUACGCCGACGGGAGCACAUACGAAGGCGAGUGGUGUGACGGCAAUAAACAGGGACGUGGAAAAUGCACGACGGGCGUCGGUGCUUCGCACUACGGCACAUUCCAAAACAAUGAUGCAGAAGAGUUGCUGAAGGGGGAAGAGUCAUCCGGCGCACUGCCCUCACUUGCGUUGGCGGGCCUUAUUGGCAUUUCGGAGGGCUCCCUCGAGGAGGCCACCUCUGCCCUGCGUUUGCUGCUUCUGCGCUACAACACCCUGAAGGAUCUCUUCAAUACGUACAGUAGGAAGAACGAAGGGGUUGGGUUCAUUACGACGCCUUCAAACUGGUGGAAGCACCGUGCGCCGGGCCACAUGUCCGUUCCGCAGUAUCUUCGCCUGCUGAGCGAUGCGCACAUCAUCAAUGGGGGGGUAAGCAUCGGCGACGCGGUGGACUGCGUCGUGGCGACGAUUGAGAAGGAGGACGAGGCCGACAGGGCGAAGUUAGACGACCCUUGGAGUGAGCGGCUACAAGCGCUCCGCCGUGAUGUACUGCGUCUCGAGGGCUACAUCAACUACAGGCAAUUUGUAGAAUGUCUGGUACGUCUCGCUGCUAUUGUGUGUGUGGGCCCCAAAACCGCUGAGCUCGCGCGCCGCUUCGCAACGCUAGUAGAAGGGUCACUAGUGGUGACGCAGCUUGCAGAAGAACCAUUGUGUCCUCUCACGAGGGAGAUGGAGGAAGUCCUGACGCCACAUCUGCCGGUGUUGCAGUCUCUGUUCCUUCGACUUGCUUCUAGAGCUCAUCCUCAGAAAUGCAGCACGAGUGCCGUUUUACCAGUGCGCAACUUUAUUAUGUGCUUUCGCAGUCUGUUUCAUGCACACGGUGUGGGGCCAACGGAAGCCGUGAAUCGUCUGUUCCCUUUUGACCGAUUUAAAACGCCGGGCACUGUGCCGUCUGUUGUGUGUCAGCCACGCAACGUGUUGGGGUUCUCCGUGUACGAGAAGAGCUGCGGCCCACACGACGAGUUCGCCGCCGCUUUGGUGGCGUCCGAGGGGCGACUGACGUUUGUUGAGUUUGUUGAGGCGGUGGUAGACACCGUGCGCCUCACCGGGGCCGAGAGCAAGGGGGCUGUGCAGGAGAGACUGCAAGAGAUCCUUGCCACAACAGCCGAUACAUUUCAGAUGUAA